CUAGCGAGAAGGAAGUUAUGAUCGCAGCAGUUAUAUGGUGCUGGUGCUGCUGUGUGUCUCUUGAUCGCGUGUAGCAUAAACCCGUACCCGCCUGUGCAGUGAUCGCCAUUGCAGCAAUUAGUAGUGUGUGCAGUGUGACUAAUUGUGCCCGAAUCUUGUGCGCAGCCCGAGUGACUUCCCGAAACCCACCAGCGAUGGGGCGGAAUUGCGAGUAGGAUUGAACCGUUAGCUUCGCAUAGCUGUAGCUGUAUCGGGCUGUCGAUCGGGGUGAAUGGUGUGGUGGCGCGAUCAAACAACACACAUCACCAGAUAUCGUCUCCACUCAAUGACACCACCACGGUUGGGCGGCGCUGAAAGUACACAUCACACCCUACCCCAAGGUGCACGGGACGGCCGACGGCCGUUUGCGACAAGAUGCCACGGAAGUUGCUUAAGUUUCUGAUCCUCUUCGACAACACGUCGCUGCUGUACUUCCCGGGACAGUUUCUUUCCGGGCGGGUACUGUUGGAGCUGCAGGACGACACACCGGUGUUGGGACUUCAUUUCCAUGUCGUUGGCGAGUGCGUUGUGCGUGUGCGUUCGACGCGCCACGAGCGAUCGUACGACAAGGAGAACUAUAUCGAUUUUCGAAUGCGACUGCUGGGCGAUUCCGACAACCAAGGUCCCACGAUCCUGUCCCCCGGCAUACACAGCUUCCCGUUCAAGCUCGGCCUGCCGGUCGAUCUGCCGUCGACCUUUCUCGGACGGUACGGUUGGGUGCAGUACUACUGCAAGGCCGGUCUGCGCGAACCAUCCGGGCUGAUACACAAAAACCACCAGGUGUUCAUCGUGAUGAAUCCAAUCGAUUUGAACCUUGAGCAACCGUAUCUGGCGGAUCCGUUCAAAUGUAACAUCGAGCAUAAUCUCGGCAUGGCAUGCGUGGGCGGAGGGAUCGUUAAGUGUAAAAUCAUUCUCGAUCGUGGCGGAUAUGUACCGGGCGAGUCCAUUAUGAUAACGGCGACGGUUACAAACGCUAGCAGUGUUACGAUUAAGUCCACAAAAGCUGCUCUUACGGAGACGAUACAGUAUUUCGCGCGUGAUAAAGUUAUGCAGACAGAAAAGCGAGAGCUGGCAGUGAUAGCCCGGGGAAAGAUACGGGCCGGUCACAGGGAUGAAUGGCAGAAUGAAUCCCUCUAUGUGCCGCCGCUGCCACCAACGAACCUGCGCGGCUGUCAUCUAAUACGGAUUCAGUACGACGUUUGUUUCUUAAUAGAACCGAAAUCGUUGGAAAAACAAAUUAAACUGCAGCUACCGAUCACGCUCGGUACGUACCCUUUCAAAACGGCGGACGGUGACGACACGAACGAGUGGGCCGAAACCAUUUACAAACCGGAAACACACUAUCCCUCCACAUUGCCAAUCUUUCGGCCCUGGUUACACGAGAAAAACGAUCAAAAAUAACGAUGAGAGCUCCCUGUUUACCCGAGAACGGUCGGUACGGUUGGAGUGGAUAAGGUAUAGCCCACUAGAAGGAACGCAUAAUGGACCGAUCGAUGGUGCCAUACAUCACGAGGUUAGUAAAGUUAGUGGCAGGGUCUUUCCGAAUGACCAACGAACGUUACGCGAUGAAGUAAUGAGUUACUGUGAGAGUAUGAAUGACAAUUUGUGUAAAGAAACUUGAAAGCCUAAAUAUAAUUCAACACAACUAUUAUUUUACCCUA